CGAAUAGAGGUCUGCCGUAAACCUCAACAACAAGAUCAACACUAUCUUCAAUAUCGCCAGACCCACCACACAACCAUCCUCACCCGCACAAAUCCCCCACCGCCAGUACUACUGUCUGCAUGUCGCUCACAGCUAGGAAUUGACCCUAUCUUAUAUAUCCCCAUGUCCAUUUUUGAUCGAAGUAGACUAAUAAGGUGGCGAAUGGGUUGGUUACCGGCCCGUCCUGCUGGCUGCACUCGGUGCCAUGCCCCCCAUGCAUCUCGAAGCCAUCUCCUCCAAUGCCUUUCCGUCUCUGCUCGACUGAAUUUGCCACCGACGAUUGAGCCUAAUCCUUUGGAUUACUUUCUCAACACAUAUCUUCCAACAAAAAAGCCUUCUACCUCACCAGCUGAGCGCACUCAUCCUUUGACCGCUCAACACCAACACUUGACUACUUAUUGGCCGAUUCUAUGCCAAAUAAUGCUUGAAAUUGAUCAAAUAUGCCACCCUGACGCUGAAUUCACAGGUGCGGCUCUCAUCACUAGUGGC